GUGGGUAUUGAUUGUGUUAUACCCAGUACUUCAGAAAGUAAUAAAACUGACCAAAUUGAGCAGGAUAGAUGGGAACGGUGCCACGUUAAUGAUAAGAUUGCCGAUGUCGAUGAUCAUAUAGCACAUGAUGCCAUCUUUAGGAGUACUGAUAAAAAAGCCACUAGCACAAAUAACGAUGUUUACGCCUCUUCUAGCGGGUAUUGCGGCAUUGAUGGAGCAUUCAACCAGAUAAACCACCAAUUCGGAUCAACGUUCGCGAAAGAUAAAACAUCUGUGCCUUUAUCCCUUAGUGCAGGCACGUUUGUUGUUAAAAACGCGAAGAAAUGUGCAUUUCUUUAUAACGGUAAUACUUUUAUCACAAAAUUUAAGAAGAAACGCAUUCACAAGAUAAUAUUGAACGAUGACUGCUUAAUAAUAGCAUUGAGAGAUGCACUGAUUAUGAUAAAGGACGAGAAAUACUGUAAUAGCGUUGUUAUAGGCAACUACGUGAAUGAUGUGGUGUUUUUUAACGGAUAUCUAAUUGUUCACACAGAUGAGAUAAAAUUCGAAGAGUGUUGUGUGGAGAGUAUCAAGGAGGAUGUUUACAAGAAAAAAUAAACAUGAUCAACAAAUUAUGUACGAUC